AUGACGAUAUUUGCUAGCAAGAACUCCAUGAUCGAUCAUUCACUUACUUGUGAGAAAUCGAAGCCCGAGGAUUACACUGAUCAAAUUAUCAGAGGGAUCAUCAAGAUUCUCUUGCGGACCAAGAAGCAUCUAGUCGAACAUGAUCUAUCCAAUUUCUACUGCCUUCAAGCAAUCGUCUACGAGAACUUCCCAUUGCUCUCCCACUGA